ACAUUUGAGACCCACCACGGCAGAUUUGGCCAGUCAUGCCGCGUGCUUUCAGCGCAUGGGCAAAAGAGAAGGUUUCAAACACAUUGCCCAAGUGUUUUUUGGUGGACAACACUGAUCUGAAAUCCAGCAGUUCUGGUCUGCGCUAUCGAAAAUCGCCGUUUUUCGGGGAAACGUCCAAAUCCAAGCCUGCCUCUGUAGUUCAUUGGAAUUCUUUGGUCUAUGGCGAUUUGGAUGCUGAUGGCAACUGGUUGAAACUUCAGGACGGCCAGUACUUGCCAGUCUACUCUUCCAAUGGAAUCCGAGUCCUGCAACCCAUCAAGGCCGCUGAGGAAACUUCUCCGGUAGCGACUGUGACGACUGUGACGGUGGGCUGUCUUCAAGUGCCCAGUCAUCUUGAACGGCAAGGGAUAGAUGCGGAUGCAUUGAUCGAUGCUGGUCCUGGUGCUUUCUACCAGGUGGUGGCUGAGCGUGUAGCACUGCGCAGCGGUCCUUCGCUUGGAGCUCCGGUGCUGGGCCAAGUGCCGCGGGGUGGAGAGGUAGAGCUUUUCGGUUGGGAUGAGACGCGGCAGUGGCGACGAUGCGUGGAUCAUCGCCUGUCGCGAAGCGGUUGGAUUCUGUUGGAUCAUCCAGAGCUUGGACCAAUGGUCCGACCUUUGGGAGAGAAACUGUGCGUUCGUCCUUUGAACGUCAUCGCAGUGGCAGCAGCAGAAGGCCGAUUGCAGGACUUGGAAACUUUCCUCAAGAAUUCAGAGGAGUUGGAUUUUUGGGAUCCUCGAGGUUCAGCCCUGGUCCUGGCUGCUGAGCGUGGUCAGAUCUCCAGCUGUUUGCGUCUGCUGCACGCGGGCGCCACGGCCACGGAGGCGGACCUGGCGAUGGCGCGGAUCGCCAAGGCCGAGAUCGUGACGCUGUGCCAACUGCGACCUGAAGAGUUGGAGGAGUUGAUGAACAUUUCGAAAGUUGGAGAAGACGAAAUGCAACAAAUUUUAAGGAGGAAACAUCGCGAAAGGGAUGAGGAUGUGAAAGCGAACUCAAAGGCAUCGAACCUGUACGAAGUCUGCUAUUCUUCGGUUUGGAUUCGUCGAGAACCUCAUGUUGAAGCAGCCCAAGUGAGCAAACGCAUCAAAGGGCAGCAAUUGAAUAUCGAGGAGUUUGAUGAGUCUGGCGAGUGGGGCCGUGUGGUCUUCAAGACCAGUGAGGGAAUGGACGAAGGAUGGAUGCUUAUCACACAUCCGGAGCUCGGUGCCUUACUGCGGCCGGUUGAGGACACUGAGAGCGUCCGUCCAGCUGGUUGAGUCGAGUUGUUCUCAUCAAAGCACACCAAAUCGUGGUGAGCUUUGCCAUCGGAGUUUCGGGCAGACGAAGCCAUCCGUCCAAACUCGAGCCAAGAAGUGCUCGAGCGAAGCGAGCAAAA